AUUUGAUAAACAGCACCCUCGGCCUCGUCCCUUUUUGCUUUUAAAAAUUAAAUAUUAUUGAAAAAUCAUCUAUUAAACUAUGCAGAAAUAUGAAAAACUGGAAAAAAUUGGAGAAGGAACUUAUGGCACAGUUUUUAAAGCGAAAAAUAAAGAAACUCACGAAAUUGUGGCACUCAAACGUGUAAGAUUAGACGACGAUGAUGAAGGAGUCCCGUCCUCGGCAUUACGCGAAAUAUGUCUCCUCAAGGAAUUAAAGCAUAAGAAUAUAGUGCGGUUAUACGACGUGCUACACAGUGAGAAGAAACUGACUUUAGUAUUUGAACAUUGUGAUCAAGAUUUGAAAAAAUAUUUCGAUAGCCUUAACGGUGAGAUAGAUUUGGAUGUGGUAAAGUCAUUUAUGUACCAACUUCUGCGAGGUCUCGCUUUCUGUCAUAGUCAUAACGUGCUUCAUCGCGACUUGAAGCCUCAAAAUCUGUUAAUCAAUAAAAAUGGAGAACUAAAGUUGGCUGACUUUGGUCUGGCUAGAGCAUUUGGUAUUCCUGUAAAGUGCUACUCGGCAGAGGUGGUUACUCUGUGGUAUAGGCCUCCCGACGUGUUAUUUGGAGCUAAAUUAUAUACAACAAGCAUUGAUAUGUGGUCUGCUGGUUGUAUCUUUGCUGAGUUGGCUAAUUCUGGAAGGCCUUUGUUCCCUGGAUCUGAUGUUGAUGAUCAGCUUAAAAGGAUUUUCAAAUUACUUGGAACACCAAAUGAAGAUACUUGGCCUGGUGUAACACAGCUCCCUGACUACAAACCCCUACCAGUAUACCAACCAAGCUUAGGACUAGCUCAAGUAGUUCCACGGCUGCCAGCACGAGGACGGGACCUCCUUUCCCGUCUCCUUACAUGUAAUCCAGCUCUUAGAAUGCCUGCGGAUGAUGCAAUGGCCCAUGCUUACUUUCACGACUUAAACCCGUCUGUCAAGAAUGACAGAUGUUAACAAUCAAUACACCCUUACCGGUGUACCUCAGAACUUUUAUUUAGUGUUAAGAAUCAAGACAAUGACGAGGUACAACAGUGUUGUGAUGAAGAGACAUAAGUGCUCACAGUCACAUUGACCUGCAGGUGUGAAACACCAGUGUUUUAGACCUGUGAGUUACAUAAACAAAAACUAAGUGAUUAUUACAAUCCAUAUUUAUUUUGUUUGCUGUUUUAAAUUUUAGUCCUAUUAUUUUAUUGUUUAUAUCAAAAUAUUUAUUUAGAGUUACAGCAAUAGGAAUUUUAUUGUGAUAGUUUACUGAAUAUGGUAGAUAAUAUCAUUAACAAUUGAUAUGGAAUUAAUCAAAAGUAUUGAUAGUCAUGUUUAUCUUGAAAAUUUUUGUAGUGAUUUUAAUAAAAUGUAGUAGUUAAAACAUUCACAUGAUGUUAAAUGUUUAUUUAGCAUAAGCUAUAUCUACUAUGACUUCUGUUGGCCAGAUGUUCUAUUCUGUACUAAUGUGACAUAAUCAUAAUUUUUAAGUUAAAGAGACAACGUUCUCAAAAGAAUGAUUCAUAUUCGUACCGUGCUGGGGUAUCCCAGUGUAACAUCUUUUAGUUCAUAAAAUAGUAUGCUAAGAUCUUUGGCUAAUUACUGGACUUGUAACAACUACUAAAUUUAUAUAUGUGCCUACCUACAAUCAGCAAAUAAAUGAUUGCAAUUGACUGUGCCCAGUGUGAAUCAUCCUUAACAUACAAAAGCCAAAAUAUUGAAAACAACUACUGCCAUACUUUUCACUAAUUUCCUAAACCUUUAAGACCUUAUUUUUUAUUAUAGUUAUCUAUAAUAGCAUUUAUGUUACAUCUUGUUAGCUAGUGUUUUAUUAUUUGUAGAAUACCUUAUGAUUUGCUCCGAAUUAUAAUAAUAAUGUGAUCUCAUAUUCUCAGUCAUAAGUGUGUGCUAAGCCUACAAUUAUUAUAAGUAAUUCUAUAAUGAAAUCCAACUAGGAUUUUUAGAAAAUAAAUGACUGUAGUAGCUGUAAACUUUUUAUAGAUUAAUCUCAAUAAAAUGUUUUUUU